UGAGGUUAUUAAGAAAAAAAAAACAACUCUAGUUGUGGCAGCCCUUGCGUGACAUUUUAAACAGUCGCACAUAACGACACGCGUGUUGCGUUCACUUCACUAUAAUUUUGCAUCGUGUCGUGGCGGUUGUGUGUUGGGUUGUGUUAAUAGUCUACUGUCGUAACUUCUGUGUUAAACAAUUUUCUGUCUCUAUCAUAUUCAUUAUAAAAAUAGAGACAACAUGUUUUAAUUUAAGUCGAAUUUAACGGUUGGGAAAUUCACCUCUGACCUGUGUUCACGUGUGUUUACGAGUUGAAGUGAUUAUCUUCGAAUCAGACAUUCCAUAUUUUUCAAUCAAAGAUGAUAAGACCAAUCUGAAGUUUAGAAAACAUACACUACAAAAUGUCGGAGACGAUAGAGAAACGUAAACAAAAGAUGUCGCCAUUCUUUAGACAGGUGGUGGCAGUAAGUGGUGUUGUGCUGUACAUGAUUGGAACAGGCGCCAACAUCGCGUACCCUGGCGUACUACUACAGCAGCUGCGGCUGCCGGACUCCGCCAUGCGUCUCACACCGGACCACGAAUCAUGGAUAGCUUCAAUCCUAGGUCUUGCUCUGAUCUCUGGGAUUUUGGUGGCACCCUUCAGCUUGCAGAAGCUGGGCCGCAAGCUUACCAACCAGCUAAGUACGUUGCCUGCUAUGGGCGGCUGGGCGCUGCUUGUAGCAGCUAAGGGGCCAGCCGCAUUGCUUGCUAGUCGAUCUUUACAGGGUUUCGCGAUGGGUCUUCAAGCGGCGGCAGCACCCGUGACUAUCGCGGAAUACUCUUCGCCGAAAUACCGAGGCGCCUUUUUGGCGACAAUCGCCUUCUCUUUCGCCACAGGAAUGCUUGUCGCACACAUCUUCGGUACACUUCUUUACUGGAGAACAGCAGCUGUCGCUUGUGGGAGCUUCUACGCUGUUUCUUUGAUCCUCAUUUCCAUUCCACCAGAAACCCCACCAUAUUUAGCAUCUAAAGGCAAGAAUAACGAAUGCAGGAAAUCCUUCAGAUGGUUUCGAGGGAAUGAUGAGAAUUCAGAAAAAGAAUUAGAGGUUUUGUUAAACAGCCAGAAGAAGUAUACACCGAAAGUCGCUCUGUUCACAUUUUACCGUCAGAUGAUAACCAAGCCUGAGUUUUACAAGCCUACUGUUAUUAUGAUGUUUAUGUUUGUGCUGUUUCAAAUAUCCGGAAUGACAGUUGUACCUUCUUACACUGUUCCGAUGAUGGAAGAGGUUUCCGGUGGUACUAUUGAAGCGUAUACUAGCAUGCUUAUGGUAGACGUGGUGAGGUUCUUGACAGCUGUCAUAGCUUGUAUUGUUGUCAACAAAUUGAGAAGGAGAACGGUCCUUUUUGUUGGCAUCAUUGUAAGUGUUGUCUCACUUUUGACAGCAGCGUUACUUCUCUAUUUGAGAGAUCUAGGUUAUUUACCCGAGGAAUAUAAAUGGACGCCAGUCGUUCCUACACUUUUAUAUAUAUUUGGUAAAACUUUAGGUAUAUUACCUAUACCUUGGGCGAUUGCAGGUGAAAUCUUCCCCUUGGCGUACAGAAGUAUUGGUAGUGGUAUUUCUGGAAUGUUCCUUUCAGUUAUGUUCUUCGUCGUUGUGAAAACCGCGCCUACAUCGUUCAGACAGAUUGGAAUUAACGGAACGUUCUGCGUUUAUGGCAUCAGUAUCGCCAUUUGCGGAGUUUUCUUGUUCUUUUUACUACCGGAGACGAAAGGGAAGACGUUGUUUGAGAUUGAAUGUCACUUCAGAGGGGAGAGGGAGAAAGAACUGAAUGAGAAGGACGUGAUGCUGGAACUGAGAAAAGUGGAGGAGGGUUGAGGAGGAGAAUUAGAAACACAGGAAAUGCUUUCCAGCUGCAAAGCUGGCCCCGUUGGCAGGAGAAUAUCUAAUCGUAGUAUUAAAUAGUAGAACAAUGAGUCUUUUUACAGCGACAGAUUUUGCUCUAAACAAUAUAUACACCGGGCAGUUUUAACGAUAUUAAAGCCCUGGGCGAGACCUGCGCCCUUCCCUAAAGACGGUAAUAGCGCGAGGCAACGUGUUGUGUCGCUGUUCGAAGAUUUCUUGUCUAACAUAUAAUAGGUGACAACUAAAUUUUAGUCUGUUUAAAAGCUUUUUUAAUAAAGAUGACAUUACAAGAAA